CGCCCUUUUUUCUCUCUCCCUCUUUCUCUCUCCCUCUUUCUCUCUUUCUCUUCACACACACACACACGCACACACACCUUCCCCCACUUUUUCCACCAAAGAAGAACAAGUAAGAAACCAUGACCAAAGCACCACUCACACCGCCACCACAAGCAGAAGAAGAAGAAGCAGGAGGAGGAGGAGGAGUACAGCACCGCAAACCAUCCGUGUCGUUUGACUUGAGCAAUCUGCCUGCGCCAACCACACCAUCAACAAUGACCCUCGUGGAAGAAGCGCUGCUUUCACCGACCCGAUCCAUCGACAUUGCAGCACACGCAGUGCCAGACACCAUCUGUGUCUCACUGCUGGACCGUGACACUGAAAUGCGACACCUGGUCGCCCACAAUGCCCCGCUCUUCAACACCCUGCGCUCACACUUGUUUACAGACUGGCCGCGCUUUGAAAACACCCUGUACGUUGCUCGACAACAGCUGGACGAUGUCGAAUGGAUGGCUCGCAUAUCCAAGGCAUUGCAGCCCGUCCCUUCGCUACUACAACAAUUCCGCGACCUGGUCGGCUAUAUACCCCAUGAUGAUACGCCACCAGAAACAGCAGAAACAGCAGUGGAUCUACUCCUAUUACCGCAUUCGCCAGCACCAGAGCACCAGCGACGAGCGGACGAGGAGUUUGAUCAUGUCGACAUCACUCGCAUCCGCCAGCAACCCGAUAAACUCAAAGAUUUCCCGACGCACUAUCCACAGUUCUUUGUCAACUGUCAAAACAGCCUGCGGAAUCACCACAGCAAGGAUGACGGUGCGUACCAGAGGUUCACAGACACGCUGUUUGCGGCUCCUUCCGCUGCAUUGCCGGAUGAUGUGUGGGAGAUGAAAAUAUACAAUCAGUUGGAUCCAUAUCCCGAUUUGGUUGCCCAGCUGAAAGAGAUAAUUGCCUAUGAAACUGAACAACAACAACAGCAUUGAAUUUCUUCUUAAACCUCCCUCCCCCCCAAACUGCCCUCAGUGAACAACUCUUGCUCUCUUUUGAAACUGAACACUCCCAGCCCCCCCCCCCCUUAUUUCAAGCAUUACAUAAAUAAAAAGUUGCUUAUGGAACAAACGGAAUGGCGCAAACCGUAUACUUACAUUGACCAUUUGCAAGGUGCUAGUUCAUGUCUAGAAGAAACUGUGCAAAAGCUCGCAGCAUCGGUUAAUCUCCUAAAUACAUCGACACAAGGCUACAAUCGGUUACAUAGAGUGACACAAUUUGAAGUGGUACGAU